GGGUUUGUUGAUCUACUCCUAUUUCUUCUCUCUUGACUCUUUGUUGGAGUAAAUUUCUCUUUUCUGUCGAAGUCUGCAUUUUUUCUUCUGGGUCCUCUUUAAUUCCUGCAUUCUUCACUGUUUUUACUCAUUUAGUCUUCCUUAAUGUCUGUUUUUCUCCUGGGAUUCUUGCUUUGAAUAGAACCUGUUAAUUUGUCUGAUCUAGAAACCUUUGACUCUAUCGAUGGUGCUAAAAGGAAGGAAAAUACACAUUUCUUUCUCAUUACCGAAGCUGCCAUUGAUUUCUCCAUUUGCAAACCAAAACAAGAGAAAUUUCCAUCUGGGUUUGAUCCAAAACGGGCAUUAUAGGGGUUGAUUUUAAUUUCUUGAUAUAUUAGAUUUGUGGGGCGUUUGGAUUGUUGAAGCAGAAUCCUUGGUGAUGUCUGAGAAUGAUACAGAACCAGCUGAUUGUUGCUUGUCAUCAACAUCUUCGACUGUUCCGCCUGAGCUGAAGCUGUACCAAGCUUUUGUCUUCUCAGUCCCAAUUUUCUUCACUUUCAUUCUCCUCUUCUUGUUCUACAUGUUCUAUCUUCGGCGCCAGGAAGUUGACUGGUCUUCUCUUCUAAUGAGAACAUCUGCUGAGCUGGGGUUGAAGAAAGAAGUGAGAGAGAUGCUACCCAUUAUCAUAUACAAAGAGAGCUUCUCCAUAAAAGAUACACAAUGCUCUGUAUGCCUUGGGGACUACCUGGCAGAGGAUAAGCUUCAGCAGAUACCUGCAUGCAGCCAUACGUUUCACAUGGAAUGCAUUGAUCACUGGCUUGCCAAUCACAGAACAUGCCCACUCUGCCGCCUCUCUGUUCUUGCCUCUCCUAAGGCCUCCAGUAGGUUGCCUGACAUAAAUGCAGCAAAUGGUCAAGAUCUGUCCAACCCUGAAUCAUCUAUCCAAAUAAGAUCUCAAACAGAAGUUGUACACCCUUCUGAGCCAACAAGUGGAGAUGUAAGAAUUUUCCAAAGCAAUAGCAAAGAAAUUGGAAGAACCUCUCAAUGUGUUAACCAGGGUAGAGAGUUUAGGGAUAACGAAACAGGAGAGCAUGAUCAUGGUGGAGGAAUAUCUGAACACGGUCAGGAGUCUUCUGACCCAGAGAACAGUGGCAAGUCCUUUGUUAAACCAAUGUCACUGACUUGUGAAGCAACUCAAGCUAUAGAACAGAUGGAGCCAAAAACUGGAGAUGUAAGAAUUCUCCCAAAUGGUGAAGAAGAGGGAAGAAUCUCUCCACAAGACAAUCAAGGGAGGGAAUUUAGGGAUACAAAAAAGGAAUCAAACCAGAGAGCAUGAGAAUUAAAAGAGGAACCCCUGGUAAUUUUUGAAAUAUAGCUUAUUGGACAUUUUUUUUUCCCUGCAACAGCCUCAUUGAAAAUGCUUCAGUUUGUUCUGUAAAUGCCAUUUAGUAUUGAUUAUUGAUUCCAUUCCAUUUAUUGAUAGUUUUUUUUAUAAGUAUCUUUCUCAUUUUGACGAAAUGAGUUUCUUUCUCCUGAUGACUUGGUUGUGAGUUGAUGUAAUUGCUACUAGGGCUUCAUGUUAAGCAAAUGCAGAAAAAUUCCUUAUUGAAGAUAUAUCAAAAGAGAUUAGAUGGUCUUUCAUUUUCUGCAUAUCUGAAGUUUGGGUAUUUUUGGUCUUUUUCAUUAAUAAUGAAAGUCUCAAAGUCUUGUAUUGUGAUUGUGCUCUGUGAUUGCGAGAACAUAUGGAGAAUGUAGGUGUAGUAGUCACUUAUCUUUCUCGAAAUCAUCCAUCCAGUUGUUAUUUCAUAACGUGACCCUUUUAUGUUUAUUUUACUAGUUCUUUUACUUCCAUGUACCUCAAAUUGUUAACAACUUGAAGUUUCAAUCAAGCCAUGUUGAUGCAAUUGUUAGAUUAUAGAAAAACUUUCAGUUCUAAAACUAGGUUGGAUUUGUUUCUUUGGCAGCUUGUUGAAAUGGAUGGACUGGAGAGACGGAGGCUGGGACAACAAGAUGACUCCUGCAGUCAUGGAUAGCAUAUUUCAAGUAGCCAAGGAAUCGCUGGAAGUUUUGGAGAUAAUGAAAACCUUCAAUGAGU